GAAUCACUUAAGAAUAGAAGUGGAUUUUUAAAAAGAAAGAACAAAAAUGGAUAUUUAAAAUCAAAGAUCUAUCUAAUAUUUCAAAUGUCUGCGUUGCUUUAUGCUCUCAGAUGAUCUUUAAUUUCUUUAUACCAUGUAACCAUACUACCUCACCUAAAUGGAUGAUUAUGAUGACGAAGACUACAACAAAACGCCGACGCCACAGAACGGAGGACUGAAUUUUUUCAGCAGGAACAGUAGCCGCGCUUCGAGUUCAACUCCUUCGAAUAAUCUUUUUAAUAAGACAGCACGUGAACGCACAGACGCUUCUUCUGCAUCUACACGUGCAUCUGGAAAAGUUGGUUUCCAAGCGAACGUACCACCACGAGGUACUAACUCACGAGCUACACCAAUCAAUUCGGUUAGACGAUCUGUUAGUUUGCGUACAGGAAGCUCCGCCGCGAAAACAUUACCCGAAAGGAAAGCAAGCGGACGAAAUAGUGUGAUUGCUAAAACCACAGACGAUAUCAAGAAAAAAAGCACAAACGGAAGAAACAGUGUGUCAAAUAAAUUAGAAUCUGAUAAUUCAAAACUUGUUCUCGAUUCAAACGCUAUAAACUCUUUGUUCUGUGAACCUUGCCAACAACAGUGUAUAGACGUUAAAGCCGAAUCUUAUUGUAAAACCUGCGAGGAAGCGCUAUGUGAUAGCUGUGCUGGAACGCAUAGAAAUUCUAAAAUCACGCGUGAUCACGCAGUGCUAUUGUUAGACGAAAUGUCCAACCCAAGACCAAAGGCAAGAGACGAUCAGUACCCGUCAAAACCAGGUAAGCCUGAGAAAGUUUCUAUUGAAUCCACUACAUGUACUAUAAGCUGGGAGCCGUCGACGGGCCCUGUUGACUGUUAUGAAGUUAGAUAUAAGAUAAAGACUUCUAAGACAUGGUCCAAAGUGCAGACCGAAGGCCCACAGUGCAUGUUUACUGUUCAAAAUUUAAAGGGAAGGACGGCUUACAAUUUUCAGGUGCGUGGUAUUGCCGGUUCGAUUGAAGGACCGUUCAGUUAUGUCAGUGAGCCUUAUGAAACCAAAGUUUCGUUAGCAUGGAGAUUGAUGCAGUCAGCAAGAAAAAUAGAGGAUGGAACUCCUGCUAAAUAUAAACUGGAAUUAGACGAAAAACUAUCAGCAAGAAACGAGAAGGCAAAGACAAGAAAAUGUGUACUUGGUAAUAAACGCCUUGGUGUACAGGUAGGAGAAAAGACUAUCAUGAUGGUGGGCGCCACCGGAGCAGGAAAGACAACUCUUGUCGAUGGCAUGAUUAAUUUCAUCACUGAUGUCGCCUUAGAUGAUGAAUUCCGAUUUACUAUGAUAGAUUUAACGUCAGAAGAGAAGAACAAAGAAAGCAACCAGGCUAUAUCUCAGACUGAGUGGAUAACAUGCUACCAGAUCUGUCAUCAGGAGGGAUGUAAGGUACCAUUCAGCGUCAACAUUAUCGACACGCCCGGAUUUGGUGACACACGUGGUAUAAAGAGAGACGAGGCUAUUGUGGAACAGAUCCGUAGUUUCUUUACAACGCCAGGCGAGAUAGGAAUCCAAACAUUGGACGCAGUUUGUUUCGUAGUCCAGUCGCCAUUAGCUAGGCUUUCGCCGUCACAGCGUUAUAUAUUUCACUCAAUUUUAUCGAUUUUUGGUAAAGAUAUUGUAGAUAAUAUCUUCGUUCUAAUAACAUUUGCAGACGGAAACAUCCCACCAGUGCUCGCGUCGCUGAAGGAAGCGGAAGUACCGUUUAAAGAACAUUUCUCUUUUAAUAAUUCUGCUUUGUUUGUAGAUCCUACCAAGAAUAAAACUGCGCCAAUGUUCUGGGAAAUGGGACAAGAAAGUUUUGACAUUUUUUUCCGAAACUUACAAACUGUACAGACAAAAAGUCUACAGUUGACGGCAGAAGUCCUUGUCGAACGACGACAAAUUGAGCUGAACAUAAAAAGUUUACAAGAAGAAAUAAAAGUUGGUCUUCAUACAUUGCACAGAGUAGAGAUUGAAAAGAAGAUUAUAAAAGAUCACGAAAAAGAUAUUAAUGCGAACAAGAAUUUUAUAUUUACCGUUCCACAAGAAUAUUUUGUCAAGGUUAUGUUACCACCAGGGCAACAUACAACGACAUGUCUUCGGUGCAAUCGAACGUGCCAUGACGACUGCACUUACCUCGACAACGACGAAAAACACAAAUGCUUUGUUUUCAACAAACGUGGUUUCUGCACUAUUUGUAUCGAGCAUUGUUACUGGCGUGAGCAUGUCAACUGCAAUUAUAUUUAUCAAAUGAGAGUACGUCACGUGACCGGGGAGUUAAAGGAAUUACGACAAAAGUACCAAAUCGCAUCGAAUGAAAAAGAGAAGCACGAAAAGUUUGUUAAAGCAGUAACCGUCGAGCUGAACAAGCAAGCAAAUGAAGUUUGGAAUAAAAUGAAAACGGUGAGAAAAAGUCUUCAGCGUCUCUCUGAAAUUGCUCUACGUCCUAAUCCCCUUACCGACGUCGAGUAUGUUAAACUUUUGAUAGAAAACGAGAAGAGGGAAGCGAAACCUGGCUGGCAAACACGAGUUCAAAUGCUGGAAGAAUUGAAGCAGCGUGCGCAAAUUAUUACUGAAAUGCCGGAAAAGAAAAGUCAACUAUGGGAAACUGUCAAAGCAAAAGACUAGAGUAUUGUUUGAAAAGCACGCAAAGAAACAUAUAUAUAUGUCCUUUUGUACACAAGUUUGGCUGUAUCACAUACUAUUUGUUUGUUUUUUUAGAAACAAAAAAAUAUCACUAGUAAAUGA